GAGACACAGCGGACAAAAACGUGACUAGGCAGCCCUAAGAGCUGUUAUGCAACCGCUGACCUACUAACACAUAUUUCCAGAAAGGGAGCCGGAGAAACUGGAGCAAAGUGUCCGGCAGCGCACAACACGCAGCCAGCUCGAGCCAAGAGACCGAAACAGCAUCCAGAACGACCCACUGACUGACGGAGAGAGAAGGAAAAAAGGGAGAACAGAGUUCAUUUUUUUAAGGGAGGGAAGGUUUGUGUUUCAAAAAAUAAAAAAAUAAAUAAGAAGACGGAGACGAGAGAAGGAGGAAACGGGAGCGAGACAGCUUUUGUGUCGGGGAAGCCUGAGUCGUUUUUCCUCCUCCUCCUCCAGGACGCGGAAAAGUAACCCACUUAGUGGUCAACAAACAGCGGCACUGAAGCUGGAUCCUCAAGGAGCCCCGAAGUAGACAGGUUGACCUACAUCCCGUUUAAGACACUGAGAGAAACAGGGCAGCAGCCUGACAGGCAUCACAGCUCUGCUGAAGAUUGAGGAAGACAGUGAUAAACUCAAAGUCACCUCCGGCGAGACUCCAAAGACUGCUCCUACUAGACAGUUGGAAGACCCUUCGCACAAAACAAAAACUUGCUUCUUUUUUUUAAGUUCCUCGUUCAGAACACUACUUCAAUGUCUGAGGUUUUCGUGGAGUUCCACCUCUUUUUAAUCUUCUUGGCUAAUUUGGACACUUGAACGUUUUACUCUUGAACUCUAAGUAACAGAAAUCAAUGAGGCUAUCGCUUCGAGGAGCACAAAUACCUCAUCCAGAAGUUUUUGCUGAUCCUGCGACAUAAUUCAAACAUCUUAGGAACAGAUCAGAAGGCUCAUAUAGUUCUACAUCUUUUCCCUUCCCCCUUUGCCCUUUGCUAGAGUCACACUCUGGCCCCCAGCUGGAGAAAAAUGGAAAGUCUCAGCCUACACAUCCCAUCCACCAGCAACAAAAAUGCCAUGGAGGUCGAUGCGUUUUCCCCCUACAGUGAAGACCUCCACUCCCCCGACCCUGAAAGUGGAGGACGGACCAGCCGCCAGGGUAAAGGCAGCAAACCUACGGUGACGUCCCGUCGCAAGCGAGAAUUCAUUUCUGAUGAGAAGAAAGAUGCUUCCUAUUGGGAAAAACGGAGGAAGAACAACGAAGCAGCCAAGCGCUCGAGGGAAAAGCGGCGCCUCAAUGACAUGGUGUUAGAGAACCGGGUCAUGGCGCUGAAUGAGGAGAACGUUCGUCUCAAGACGGAGCUCCUUCAGCUCAAGCUGCGCUUUGGCCUCAUCAGCACAGCCUCCUACAUGGAGAAAAGUCAGCAGAUCUCCAACAGUGCUGCUGAGAGCAACACUGGUAGCAACGGGAGCAGCACCAACGGCACCCCAAACAGUAACGCCUACCUCUCAAGCAGUGGCUACUCCAGCGCAUCCCAGGUGAUGCUGAAUUCUGACUCAUCUGAAACUGAACAGUCGAGCCGUGGCGAGCGUCACUCGGCGCUCCACAAGUAUUCUCCACGGGGGUCAGUGUCUGACAUGUCUGACGGCUCCUCCAGAGACAGCCCUGAACCAAUGGGCUACAGCAUAAAGAAGGAGCCCUCAAGCAUGGAGAUGGCUGGACUGGAAAGCAGCAGGAUUCCCAGUGGCAUCACUAAUGGGAUGCCCAAUGGAAUGCCAAGUGGAGCUUACCAUGGCAACCACACUGCUCUGGUUUCUCCUCACCAGCAAAGCGCCCCAUUGGCUGAAAGUGCCAUGGACUACCAGCAUCACCAACAGCAGCAGCAGCAGUGCCACAUGGAGGCCUCCAGCUCUGCUCCUCAGGCCACUUCUGCACAGAGAAGCGUCAUUUUGUAUCGCUCCAGCAGCGGCUGUUACCCCAUGGAGAGCCAGCGGCCGGAGGAGCAGCAGUCCCAGCAGAGCAGAGCGCCUCAGCACACCCUGACUUCCAAGUUCUCCGACUGCUCAGUGACCAUCAGAGAGGUCGCUGAGAAGCUGGAGAGAACGAGGACCCUGGACUCGCCACAGUAUGAGUACACCAAUGGUCACUCUGAGUCAGCAGAGGAGCUUCAGCAAAGGUACGAUCAACAACAGCGUGACCAUCGCUGCAGCUACCAGGGUCAGGAGAGGAAUCUUCAGCACACUGAAAGCCACCAGAACCCCUUUGCCCCAGAUCUGAUCCACAACAAUGAGGAGAGCAAGUCCUCCUUCAUACAGCACAACGGCUACCUCAACACACUGGAUGAAGAGCCCCCUGUGCUCACCUAUGAGGGAGGCCCCCGAGCCAACGGCUUCUAUCAGGAGAACUCCUCUGCUAAAGACACCUCCUCGAGUGAUGGAGACCCUCGUAGCUCCGAUAAGGAGGGCUCCACGGAUGACGAGUCCCCCUCUUCAUCCUCCUCAGACAUCAGCAGCUACCACCAGAAGACAGAGGGAGUUGCCAGUUUGCACAGCGAGUGCCAAGCUGAGGUCAAAGCCACUGCCCUGCCCCACAAGCUCCGCCUCAAGUACAGAGCUCUGUCCAGCGGGGCGGCUGGGGUUCAGAUAGAGGGCAUGAUCAGCACCUCCAUGUCCCCUUCCCCAACUUUGCCUCAGCACCCUUACUUAGCUCUGCCCAGCAACCCUCCCAGUGGCCAGGCACAUGAGGAGAGCAAAGAGGUGGAGAAUGAGACUGAGUACGUGGAGGAAGCCAAGCCUCAGGUGAACGAGAGGCCGGAGGCUAAAAAGGACAGUGGGAAAAAGGGAUCCAGCAGCGGGAGGGGUGGGCGCAAUAAGAGGCGAGAUUAAGGACCAAUAAGAACAGCUUGAGCAUUUUUCCCGUCACCUUUGUGUUGUCUGUAGCCGACAGACAACCACGACUCACGUUGGCACUUUGCAAGAACAGACAAGAAGCCAGUGAUCUGUGUGAGGUGUAUUUAGGAUGUGAUUUCACCAUUGAAUUUCACUGUGUCACCUGUACCCCCCGUCCUUUUCUCUCUCCUACCUCCCACCGAUCCCUCCAGUUAAAGUAAUAGAUUAACGAGGGAUGCGACAGAAUGAAACUCUCCAGAGCUGGAGUUUGGGAUAUUCCCCUUGUGGACAUGACUCAAUUAUUCAUUAUUGUAAACUGCCUUAGUGGCUGGCCAGUGUUUAUUGUGGCAUUAUGGGAACAUUCCUUUAACCAAAGACACACAUCCUUCCUUUACAAUCUCCCUUUUUUGGCAGAGAGUUACAUUCUUCCUCCCUCUCAUCCCUCUUCUUCCUCCCCUCCACCCUCUGAACCAUCUGCACACGAGUCCCUCUUCACUCUUGAAGCACUUAGAUUGUAUAUUACUGUGACAUAUAAAUUUGCAUAUAUGGAAUAUAUAUUUUAAGAAGAAAAACGUGGCAAAAACAAUAAAAAAUAUAGCAGUGGGAAGUCGUAGACUUUAAAGUGACCAGUUUGUUGUUUUGAGACACCUUGUAAAGUCCCUCUUUGUCUAGAAAAUGCCUCAAAGAUUUUCUUUUACUAAAAGUGUGAGCCACAACUUGUAAAAAAAAAAAAAAAAAAAAAAAAAAAAGAUUUUUUCAGGCUUAUAGUUCAGAUUGGCGUCCUUGAUCAGACGAUCUGAGCUCUUUGACGCUCAAUGCUGUCAUAAAAGUCAAGGCCAGUUAUCUGCAUAUCAGUCAAGGCUAUGCAGUCUCACAUCACUGCUGGCGAAACUUGACAAGCACAAGGUGAGCCUUGUUUGCCAGCCAUUUGACAAAAAUCGAUACAACUUCAUUUCAAGGCAAAAAUUGUCUAAUAAAUGAAACAGCUCUCGAGUCUCAACCAGCAAAGCUGCUCUCUCUCUUCAUAAGGUGCCUCUUUAUUGUGUUGUUCCUUGUCCCCACGUCGCCAACGUCUUAACAAUCCCACUCACCUCCACACUGAAUUGUUUUAGCUACAGUAGCUGCAGUAGAUCAUACAGUAUGUACAAGUUUAACUGUUUCACUUCCUGGUGCCUGCCUCUGGCCACUAUGUAUAAAUGUAAAGUUGUCUCUCUAUCUCUUGUAUACUGCUGUCAUUAUUUUAUUUUUAUUUUAUUAAUAUUGUUAUUUUCUAUCGUAUUCGGUUUAUUAUUUUGGCUAUUAUUAUUAUUAUUAUGUGUAAUUUUCUGUCAUCCACUUGUGUCAUUUUGCUCUAUGCUCUUCCUGGUUGUGCUGUGUAUUUACCCAUGCUACCCUUUGCCCCAGUUACCAUUUGUAUUCUGUGUUACUGUAUAACCUUUGUCGUUUGCCGAACGGCUUUCCGGAAAUGACAAAAAAAAAAA